AUGAUCGGCACCCAGCGUACUCUCGGUGUCGGUCCUCCCGGCUCUGCUCUCCUCUACACCAUCGCCUCUCCUGUCGGUCCUUACUACCCUACUGGCUUCAAGGCUGUCUCGUUGGAAGCAACUACAUAUGCUGUUCGUGCAUGGCCCGGUGGUGUCGGCAACAGCAAGCUCGGUGCAAACUACGCUCCUUGCAUUGUUCCUCAGAUGCAAGCUGCCUCUCGUGGUUUCCACCAGAACUUGUGGUUGUUCGAGGAGGGCGGUGAGGAAUGGGUCACCGAGGUCGGAACCAUGAACCUGUUUGCUGCCAUCGUCAACAAGGACGGAAAGAAGGAAUUGAUGACUGCUCCCCUGGAUGGAACCAUUCUCGAGGGUGUCACUCGUGAUUCUAUUCUCGAGCUUGCCCGUGAACGUCUCGUUCCCGAAGGCUGGGAAGUCAACGAGCGUAGAUUCUCUGUCAGAGAACUCGCCGAGGCAGACAAGGAAGGCCGCAUGCUCGAAGUCUUUGGUGCCGGUACUGCUGCUGUCGUCAGCCCUGUCCGCAACAUUGGCUGGAAAGACUCAAUGAUCAACUGCGGUCUUGAGGCUGACAAGGAGGCCGGCCCCAUCGCCCAGCGCAUGAAGGAUUGGAUUGAGGGCAUCCAGUACGGUGACGAGACUCACCCUUGGAGCUUCAAGAUCUAA